GGAAGUGCUGUCCGUCCCAUCAAAACGUUCGCCGACUCCUCGCCGGGGUUGUGGAGGAGAUGAGGAAACCAAAGGCCGCAAAAUUAGUUAACUCGGUGUUUUGAAUCGGACCAAAGCUGUGGUUGCUCUGGGAAAUUUGGGUUUUUCUUGGGUCAGUUCUUGGGUUCAUCGGUUUUCCUAAAACACCCAAACUCUAGUGAUCUCUGCUGGUUCCCGUAACCGUCCAUGGAUUUCUAUGUGAGGUUUACUUCCCUCAGCCAAGGAAGAGACAAAAUUUUCAGAACCACUCAAUAUGCAUGUGUAUUACUUAAUUACUUCAUUCACAAGGAUGGCAGUAACAAGGAGCUGGCUGCCAAACUUAAACAUCUGGAAUCUAACUUGAGUACAGGACGUAAAUUAUUCCGUUUGGGUAACACAUUGGAUUCGGUGCAGACAGCCAGAAGGAACAUUCAUAUUUCAGAUCCAGUGCUUAGGUUUUGCCUCACAGUCAUUCCUCUCAGUCGGGCUGUGUACUAUAUUUGUGAUAAUGUUCUCUGGGCAGGAGCAGUGGGACUGAGUAGUAUCGACAAAGAGAAGUGGAGCCAGCGAUGCAACCAUUACUAUUUCUUCUCACUGAUUGUUAGCCUGGGGAGAGAUAUCUAUGAAGUUGUCCAGCUCGUGAAAGAAGAAGCACUUGCCCAGAAAAGACGACAGAGUAAAUCUGUGACCACCCUGGAAAACAAUCAUGUGCAAAUGGAGUGUAUCUGGAUAGCAAGGAUCAAGACUAAAGUUUUUUUUAUGCUGCUUUUUCAAUGCCUUAGGAAUAAUCCUCCUGUCUUGCUUGACAUUGUUAAAAACCUUUGUGACCUCACCCUCCCACUAGACAAACUUGGCAUCUGCAAAACCAAUGCUGCUGUAGUGGGUUUCUGUGGCCUUCUUUCCUCUAUUCUCUCAAUUCUGACUUUGACACAUCCAGUACUGAAGUUGAGACCAUGAAUAAACUUCUAGUAAUGAGAUUUUUAUUAUUUCUCUGAUUAAAAAUGAGAGAAUUUCUGAAAUGGAACAGCAUUUUCAGUCUGUAUCUUCAGAUUCAUAUGAUAUAUUGGUGAAUUUUAAUAUUUUGCACAAUUCAACUGUUUUCAUUUUUUUCGAAUCUUUGAGUUAGGUUGGUUAAUACAAUGACUUCCAUUGAGGAUUAUUCCCAUGAACUUGGAACUUUUUUUUAUCAAAAUCUCCCUUCCUGCUUCCCUAGACCAACAGAUCUGUUGUGUUCAUGUGGAACCAAGCUCAAAUUAGCAAAAUGCCAUUUGGGUACUAAGCCUGGAAAAUACAGCAAUCUGUUUCUUUGAUCUGUGCAGGCAAAUUACUGACUGCUUGAUCUUGUUAUUCUGUUUUAUCGAUAUUAUUUCUCAUUCUUAUCCCAACAGAAUAAAUGGGAAGAGAAAGAAAAAUUUAAUUAACAUCUUAUAACAAGAUAUUAGUCUGGAAAUUAUUACUUGAAGGAGGGGGGAAAGUGGGAACAAAUACCAGGCACUCUAGAAUUCUGAAAUGGUAAUGCAUAAUUGUUAUCAACAGUAGCAUUGCAAUAAAUUACAAUGUUUUGGAGAUAAAUCUCUGAAAUUGAAAGCAUAGUAACUUAAUUUCAUUUCUAGCACUGUUAGUAAUAGAAGGGAAGAGCACUUUGUGUAAUUUGUUUCUAGCCACUUGAGAAAACAAUAUUUUUGUCAGAUAGCCACUAUUCCAGACUGAAAUCUGUCUGAAUUUUUACCUUUGCAAAGAAUAUUUUUAACUUCUAAUGUUUCUGGUACCCUAUACUAUCUGCCCAGGUGUUGAGCCAUAUAGACCAGGAGGUCCUAUAUUCAGUUUCAUGAUCUUGGUUAUCUAAGUAUUCCCACUUUUACCUAAGGCACUUUUUUUUUCAGGAUUGUAUUUUAUAUUAAUUGGAGUUGAAAGUAUAGUGUAACUAUUUACAUUUAUUUUCUAUGGACAUUGGGGAAAGUCCCUUCAGUGAUGCCCUUCAUAGUCAAGUAACUUUAAGGAAAUGGCAACUUUGGUGACUGAAUAAGGCCACAAAUAUGGUGAGCUUGAACUUUAUAAAACCUCAUUGUCUCUUUGUAUAUUCCUUGUGGAAGUUAUUAUGGAACAAUUACCAUUACAUUUUUCUGUUAGAAAACAGGAUCCAAUAUUUUAAAGGUCUCAGUAAAAUGUAAUUGAGGAAGUGCCUAUUACCUACAAAUGAAGCAACUUUAGAACAAUAACAAGUUGUUGGAUAAUGAGUUAUGUAACUUUGAGCUCUUCUCAUGAUUUUGUAAAAACCUUAUUGAACAUCCAAAAAUACAGGGCUCUCUUAUGAGACAAAAUACAUCUGAAGUUAGAAUAUUCAUGAGCUGUCUGAUGAGGCUUCAAAAGAAUGUUAACAUUUUUUAACUCUGAACUGUUCCUGGACAUGGUGCAGCUCAAGAAUGCUGCAUGUUAUAACAUUAAGACUAACUAUGCAAUAUACAUUCUAGUCUAGCAAGAUAGGAUAUAAAGUUUUAUCUAACAAAGAGUGGUAAUUUCUGUAUCCUAAAUUAGGAAAGAACAAAUGUUCUUUAGUUCCUUGCAAACCAGUGCUGCUAUACUUGAACUGAAUAAUUUAACUUCUGUUUGUGAGUUCUAAUAAAGUAAUGUUACAAACUUUGUGCAAGGUUUAAUUUCUAUUAUAUAUACAUUCAAUCUCAAUGCAAUUACAGGUAUUUUUAACCUUAAAAUUAUCACAAAGAGACCCACUACAUGAAUGGUCCAUCAGUUACUCUACUAUUGGAGAGGAUUCUUGGAUAUGUUUUUCAUGUUUGAAAUGGUAUGGGCUAAUUAGCAAUCUCCAUGACCUUUAAGGACAGGUCAAGUCUUACAAACUUGUAUUUUCUUUUUGAGAAGGUGACAAAGAUGAUAGGAGAGCAGUGGAUAUUUAUAAGUAGAAUUUAAAAAGGCAUUCAGCAGGGUCCCUUGUGGUAGGGUGAUCCAGAAGGUUAACAUGCAUGAGACCAAUAGCAAUUUGGUAUUUUGGAUUCAAAAGUGGCUUGCCCAUAGAAAACAAGCUAGAGGUAGAGGGGUGUUAUUCUGCCUGCAAGACCGUGACCAGUAAUAUUCCACAGGAAUCAGUGUUGGGACCUCUUAUAGAGCAGUACACUGCAGGAACAGGCCCUUUGCCCCACAGUGAUGUGCUGAUCCAAUUAAAUUAGUAAGCAAAUGGCUAACUAAUCUCUUCUGCCCAUGUCCCUCAAAUUUUCUCAUUCAUGUGCCUACCUAAAUCUCACUUAAAAGUCCAUAAUGUAUCUGCUUCUACCACUAUCCCAAGAAGUGCAUGUAUGGCACCCUCCACUCUGUCUGAAGAAGAAGGGAAAAAAAUAAAGCUUGUCACUCACAGGUCCUUUAAAAUUACCCCCUCUCAAAUUUAAAUGUGUUCCCUCUGGUAUGAGGCAUUGCAAACUGUGGGGUGGGGAUAAGAUGCUGUCUGUCUACUCCCAUAGUCUUACAAAUAUCAGAUCUCCCUUUAGCGCCUGUCAGAGAAAAAAACCCAAGUUUGUCCAAACUUUUAGUACAUGCCCUCUAAUCAAGUCAGCAUCUGGUAAACCUCUUCCGCACUGUCUCCAAAGCCUCAACAUCCUUCCUAUAAUGGGGCAACCAAAACUCUGCCAUACUCCAGUGGUGGCCUAACUAGGGUUAUAUAAAGCAACAUAACUCACUAAUUUUUGAACUUAAUGCCUUGAUUGAUAAAGGCAAGCAUACCAUACAUCUUCUUAACCACUCUAUCAGUGUAUAACCACUUGCAGGAAGCUAUGAACUAGGAUCCCAAGAUCCUUCUGUUCGUCAACACUGUUAACGCUUUUGCCUUAACAGUGGACUGUUUCUUUAUAUUUGACUUGCCAAGGUGCAACACUUAACAUUUGACCAGAUUAAACUCCAUCUGCCUUUUCUCCACCCAUAUCUACAACUGAUUUAUAAUCUGCUGUAUUCUUUGCCUGUCUUCUAUAGUAUCCACAACAGCACCAAUCUCUAUAUCUGCAAAUUUACUAAUCUUCCCAUUUACAUUUUCAUUCAGGUCAUUUACUUACAUCACAAACAAGCAGAGGUCCUAGUACAGAUUCCUGUGGAACACCACUAAUCGCAGACCACCUAGAGUAAGCCCCUUCAACCCCUGCUCUCUAUGAGCAAGCCAGUUCUGAAUCCAAACAGCCUAUUCACCAUGGAUCCCAUGCAUCCUAAUCUGGAUGAGUCUCCCAUAAGGGACAUUGUCAAACAACUUACUAAAAUCCAUGUUAACAACAGCUCUACCUUCGUUAUUCUUGGUUCCCUUCUUGAACAAUGGAACAACAUCAGCUACUCACAAAUCCUCUGGUAGCUCACCUAUGGCUAGAGAGGACACAAAGAGGUUGGAAAAGGUCUCAGCAGUCUCUUCAUUUGUCCCUCUCAUUAACUUGGAGUACAUCCAAUCAGGCUCGGGGGACUUAUUCACCUUAAUGCUACUUAAGAGACUCAGCUCUACCUCCUCCUUUACUUCAAAAUGCAUUAGUGUAUUAAUACUCUUCAGCACUGAUCUACCUAUCCCUCCACAUCCUCCUCCUUACUAAAUACUGAUGUAAAGUAGUCAAAAAAGAUUUCACCUACAUCCUUUGCAUCCAUGCAAAUAUUCCCAUCUUUAUCCUUGAAUGUUUCCACCUCUCCUUAUUUACCCUCUUAAUCCUGAUGCCUUGGGCUUCUCCAGUGCUACUUGCCAAGGAUUUUUCAUGGGCUUUUUUGGCCCUCCCAGUUCCCUCCAUGUGUUCUUAUCUGGCUUCUUUAUAAUCCUCAAGGGUGCUGUUUGAUUCUAGCUUCCUAAGCUUUGCAUACUUUUUCUUCUUCACUAAAUUCAUCACCUCCCUCGACAUCCAAGGUUCUCUUAUCUUGCCAUUCUUCCCACUGAAUGGAAUAUACCUGUCCUAUCCUUUAUGCGGUUGUUGCUUAACACAUUCACAUGUCAGAUGGAGACCUGCCCAAAAAUAGCUAUUCCCAAUUAACUUUCACUAGUUCCUGCUUAAUAGUCUCGUAAUUUGCCCUGCUCCAGUUUAGUAUUCUUCUGGAAUAUCUAUACUUACCCUUAUCUAGAGCUAUCUUAAUAUUUAAGGAAUUGUGGUUACUGUUCCCAUACUGCUCACCCACUCAAAGUUCGGUCACCUGGUCGCUCACUACCCAGCACCAAAUGCAGUACAGUCCCUCCUCUUGGACUACCUACAUAUUGAUUUAACAAACUCUUCUGGAUGCACUUAACAAAUUCCGCCCCAUCUAAUCCACUUGCACUAAGAAGAUCCCAGUUUAUGUUAGAGAAGUGUGAAGUUCCCCAUGACAUGGCCAUUUUAUUUUAGCACCUUUCCUUAAUGGGUCUGCAUAUCUGUUCCUCAAUGUCACAGUGGCUUCUGGAGUGCCUGUAGUGCAAUCCCUUCAGAGUGAUUGCACUCUUCCUAUUUUUGAUUUCUACCCAUAUAGGAUCAUUGGAUGAACUCUCCAUUAUAUCUCCUCUGAGUGCUGCUCUGAUACUGUCCCUGAUUAGUAGUACAACUCCCCCACCUCUUUUACCUCCCUCGCUGUCUUCUCCAAAACACUGAAUAUUAAGCUCCCAUUCCUGUCCCUCUCUCAACCAAGUCUCUAUAAUGGCCACAACAUCACAGUUCCAUGUACUGAGUUUACCCACAAUACUCCCAGCAUUAAAAUAUACACACUUCAAACUAUUGGUCGUACCAUAUCUAUUUCUUUGCUCAUGCUUGUUUUUACUGGUCCUGACAUUUACCUUCCUCUGCAUCCUUCCACUUUUAGACAUGGUGCUCUGGUUCCCAUCCCCCUGCCAAACCUGUUUAUUUAUGGUAUAUCUGAAUGUCUUGGAUGAAAAUGUAGCAAGUUGAUGAUUAGCAAGUUUUGUGGAUGGCAUAAAAAUUGGUGGAAUUGGAAGAAGAUUUUCAAUGAGUACAGCAGGACUGAGCUAUGUUGACUAGAAGGUCUUAUGAUCAAUUUCAUGAUCUUUGCUUACUUAAAUUAUAAGAACUAAUUUUGUAAAUAUUCCUAUUAUUACCCAAAGCAAUUAACUUUAGGAGGACCUCCCAUAUAGAAAUGUCAAGUACGAGAAGAUAGGUUAGACCUGUCUGGAGUAUGGAGGUAGCACCAUCUCAUUGAAGGAGAAUAAAAGAAUAAGGAGGGAGAUGGAUCUUAGGAACAGGAUUUAAGUCCUUAACAAAUCCCAGAAUUCUGGGACAUUUUUUAGAGAGACAUGUUUAAAUGUGGCUCUGCUAACCAAUUAUUCUGAAGGUGUUAACAGGGCUGUUCCUUCUAAGCAGUAACAAUUUUAAGAUCGGGAAUUCAGUGAUCCCUUGAUCCCUUGUUCCCUCAUGUCUGAAACUGGUGCCUUAAUAAAUGCUAUAUUAUGCAAAAUGGAAGUGAUUAUGCUUUGAAUUUGCAGUUGAAAGUAUGAAUAAAACUAAGUAUACCUUUUGCUUGUUGUCAGGAGCAUGAUUUCAGUAUAUGCAAGUUUUGCACAACAGUAGGCACUAAAAAUAGUACAAAGUCCUGCAAUAUACAUGUGUGCUUUGAAAAGAAGUAAAAUGUCCCACUGUAAAACAGAUCAUGUGAAUAUUGAAUGGUAAUUUACAGUCUCAUUUUGUUAAUCUCAUGUAAAUCAGAUUGCUCCAAAGCUAUAAGACUUCUAAUUAGUGGUUCAUAUUAGUCUAUGCAAUGAUGCAUGGUUUUGUUCUAUGUGAGGCUUUAC